CAAAAUGUUCCUGUCUCUUUUGACAUCAAACUCACCCCGAGAAUCUAACACCCAGACAACCCAUACGCAACAUGUUUCGGGUCGGAUCAACCCGAACUAAAUCCAACCGUUCAUGUCACUUUCCACCGAAUCAUCAUCAUCAUUAUCAUCUACCAUCUUUAACCGUUUCGUUCCGAUUCCACAACCGUCAUUCAAAUUCCGGCCACCGUAGUAUUCUCUCUUCCGUUUUCUAACCACCUUUGAUUUCCUUUCUAGUAUUUCCAUGACACCAUGACCUUUUCAGACGACGAAGACGAAAAUCUAGCUCAAUUUCUCGAAUCAGAAGUCCUCUCCGAGGUCUCUGACAAGGAAGAGGUAAAUGUAGAGGAACCUAAAGCGAAGAGAAAACGCACAGACGAGGUUGAUAGUAGUAAACAGAGCACCAUACAGUGUUCUGGUUCAUCAUCUAAGCCUAAGAACUAUGGUGCCAAUAAUGCCAUGGUACCGAGAAGGAUUGAAACUGGUUUUUUCAGCAAAGUUCCACCAGAACUUUUCCAUCAUAUCCUUAAAUUUUUGUCGUCUGAGGACCUUAUUUCUUGUUCUUUAGUCUGUAGUUUUCUAAGUUGUGCUGCAUCUGAUGAAGCGUUGUGGCGUCGCUUGUAUUGUAUGCGAUGGGGCCUUCUUCCCCCGACGAGGAAGAUAAGGGACUGCCCAUGGAAAAAGCUAUACAUUCAGCGUGAUGAAAAUGACAUGGUUGAACUUGUCACAAGCUGCCAAAAUGAGUUUAAGGAAUACUAUAUUCAAAUGCAAGCAGCUAAGAGAAGUCAAGCACCUCAUCCUUCACAGUUGAAGGAUGAUAGCAUAAUUCUCGACAAAACCUUAGCUGAUCAAGUCUCAUCAUGGAAAAGUAGCAGGGGCCUCAGUGAUACAGUGGUGAAUGACCAUGCUUGUUCUGGGAAGACAUGCUCGUACUACCAAAUUGGAGAUGUUUUUAUUUGUGAGAAGACUGGACAAGUUCAUGUUUGCGAUGAAACUUGUAAAGAAGUGGUUAUGGAUCCCGAGGAUGAGCUUUUGGUCUGUACAAUAUCAGGGCACUGUUUUGAUAGAUUAUUAUCGCCAUCUGAAAUGGAGCCCGACUCUGAGCAGCAGCAAGGUGUUGCAGCUGAUGAGGAAGAACCAUUUAUGGGAUCUGGCCGUUUUGCGCGAGCUUAUUUGCUGGGAUACAAUUGUGCUGAUGAAAAGGAGCUUGAAGAUACUUUGAGGUAUUGCUGAUCCCCAUUUAGCUCGUCUGGGAGUGGAUUGUCUCAUGCCUUUUGGUUUUGUCCUUUUGUCAUUGUAAUAAUAAGACAAAAUCAUGUAGCCGACCCCAUUCAAUGAGAUAAGACGUGAUUAUUGUUGCUGUUGUUGUAAUAAGUCGUAUGCUUUAUGCUAAUAGUGGUGCUUUAAUAUGGAGUAUGUAGUUGUAUUGUAUCAAGUAGAAGAACUUUUCUUUUAA